UUGGAGGUUAUGUACGUAAUUUUUUAUUUUGUUCAUAUUGAUGUUUUUUCGAUGAUGAGCAAUUUUUUGUAAUUUGUUGAUAUCAGGAAAUUGCUUUUUUUCCUUGAUAAUUUGAGAAAGAAUUGUUAUUGAAGAAAAUGCACGGUAGGUUAAAGGUUCGUACCACAGAGGAGCAAAAAGCUAUUAAAAAGAAGGAACAGCAGAGAAAGUUGGUUGCAUAUAGAAUGGGAAUGCAAAAAAUUUUAUGUUCUCGUAAGAGUGAUAAUUUUGAUCCAGAGUCAUUUGCAAUCUCUUCACAACUGUUAUGUGUCAAUCCCGAUAUAUACACCCUAUGGAAUUAUAGAAAAGAAGUCAUUUUAUUAGAAAUAAAAAAUAGGGAAAAGGAUAUUGAGGAGGAAGAUUUGAUGAAAUUCUUGGAAAAUGAAAUUUCUUUGACUGAACAGUGCCUUUUGUCGAAUCCCAAAUCUUAUGGCUCCUGGCAUCACAGAUACUGGGUCUUAAUGAAGCACCCAAAACCCGAUUGGGAUAAAGAAUUUAAUUUGUGUACUAAAUAUUUAAAUUAUGAUGAUAGAAAUUUUCACUGUUGGGACUAUAGAAGGCUGAUACUAAAUAAAAUUGGCGUAACGUUAACUGCUGAAUUAAAAUUCUCGACAGAGCGCUUAAAUGCUAAUUUUUCUAAUUAUUCAUCCUGGCAUUAUCGAAGUACAUUAAGAAAGCUGGAUGAGACUUGCAUCAAUGAUGAAUUUUAUUUAGUUCAAAAUGCCGUAUUUACAGAUCCAGGUGACAGUAGUUCCUGGUUUUAUUUGCGCUGGGUGUUGAGUAAUCCCAUAGUAACUAAGGAGAAACGGGAACAACUACUGGAAGGUCUAGAGCAGCUGGAGGAGCUCGAACCUGAUUGUAAAUGGAUUUUGUUGGCUAAAUGCUGGCUUAUGGGCAGUUUAGUUUUAAAUGAUCCUGAGUACAUUGAUUUGAGAGUGCAAUUCUACAAUAAACUUAUAAAAUUGGAUCCAUUAAGGAAGGGCCAAUAUCUGCAUUACUUGACUUUGGCAAAAAAACGUGGAAGUGAACGUCAGUAGACCACUUGUUUUACAUUCCUUUGAGUUUUUUAAUUUAUUAAACUAAAUGCUUAAUGGACAAAUUCUCUUGUUGGUGUUUAAAUUAAGAA